AUUUUGAAUAAAAAUAAUUCGUUUAUAUUAAAACAAUAUAUAAAUAAAUAAUUUAUGAAUGAUUUAAUACAAAUCUGGUUUGGAUUCAAUUAUUUAAUAAAAUAUUUAUAAUCAAUUUGUAUCUAUUAGUAGCAUUAUUAAUAAUUUACCAAGUAAUAAUAAAUAGUAGAAAUGUUUAAAAAGAGGGCUAAAAAAGAAGCAGUUGAAGUUGCAUAUACAGAUGAAGAAAAUAAAAUUGAAACAAAUGAUAAUUAAGUAGAGAAUAAUUAAGAGACAAAUGAUUCAUCUAUUCUUCUAAAAAGUAGAGGAAUUAAAAAAUUAAAGAAUAAAUAAGAUCAAAAUCCGUAAACAUCUAAUAGAAUAUAAGAAACAUUAUCAAAAAGUGCAAAAUAAGGUUUAGAAGAUAUUACAGGUCUCAUUGAUAAAAAAUAUUUGAAGGAAUCAUAUGAUGAUGAAGCUGAAGGAGAAGAAAAUGGAUAAAAAAAAAAAGAUAAUACAAAAGUAAAUAUGAUAAAGACUAUUUAAGACCACCUAAAUUUGAGACAUUAAGAAUAAAACUAGGAAGGUAGUGAAUAAAAUAUAAUUACUGAUAUAUAACAAGAUAAGGCUGAGGAAGUUUAAAUUCUUAUUAAAAAUUUGCAAAAUAUUUCAUAAAAUCAAAAAAGAUUUUAAUUCUAGAUUCCUACUAAGCCUGUGAUAAACACUUCAGCACCAGGUUUCUCAGAAGUUAAAUUUUCUUAUGAUUAAAAGGCAACAAGUUUGGCAUAAAUUGAAGAUGCAAGAAUGAAAAAAUUGUUUGGUUAUGAUCUAUUUUCAAACGAUUUUGAUAAGUAAAACUAGCAGAAAAUGUCAAAAGAAGCACUUAAAGAGAAAUAAGAAAGGGAGUUUAGAUAAUUUUAAGAUAAAUUUUUAAAGAGAGGAAGAUCCCACAAGUUCAAUUAAAUCAAGGCAAACGAAUACAACUCUUAUAUAGAUAGUUUAAAUUGA